GCCGCUUAUCUUCACAACGCCACGUCUGGCAUGUAGGAUCACGAAACCAAACAAAUUACGGCAAAAUCAACAACUCACACAGUCCGUGUGAUGGCUGCCGGUUCGUGAUGAUCUUGGCAUCUUCUCAGUCGAUCGUUGGCGCUACUAACGGACGCGUCCGGCCAUUUGCAUACUCCCUAAGGAAAUCUCUCAACUUGUUGUGUAAAAAGUGAACAAUGUUCCCGGGAGGACCUUAACAGUGCGAGUGACCUUUCCGUGCGGCAAUCUCUGGUCCAGUGUUUCCUCCAAGCGUACGAGCAACCGCGUGAUCUAACAAACCUGACACAAUGGCAAAGGAUGAAGGGAUCAGUGCUAGGUCCACACUAUGGUAUCUAGUGUUUGUGGGCUUUGCCGUGAACUAUAUGAUCCGCAUCAACACAAACAUUACGAUCGUGGCGAUGAUCAAACAAUCGGAUACGGAAUUUGUCGGUGAGGUGAAGGUGGACUACGCCUGUUAUGUUCCACCGGGAAACAGCUCCUCCAAGGAGUUAGCAACUGCCGACCAAGGAUCCCAGAGCUUGUUACGAUCGCGCGAAGGUCGUAUCAUUUCACCGGAACAGUUGCUGCUCACCUUGUUCAACCUGGACCCACAGAAGGAAGGUUUCGACUGGGACGACUAUCAGCAGGGUUUGAUUCUGGGGGCAUUCUACUGGUUGCACUGGAUCACACAAAUACCGGGAGGAAUUCUGGCACGCCGCUACGGUACGAAGCUGGUGUUUGGGGCAAGCAACGUGAUCGGAUGUUGGAUGUGCUGUCUAAUGCCGAUCGCCUCGUACUGGGACUAUCGCGUACUGGUCAUUCUACGCGUGCUACAAGGGCUCGUAUGCGGUCUUGCCUGGCCAGCGAUGCACCAUAUGGCCGGCCAGUGGAUACCACCGAACGAACGCAGCAAGUUUGUGACGGCUUACCUGGGCAGCUCGGUCGGAGUGGCACUGAACUUCCCACUCUUCGGGUACAUCAUCGCGUGGUCGUCCUGGGAGUAUGUGUUUCACUUCUGCGGCAUCUUCGGUACAGUGUGGUACGUAGCGUGGCUGUACUUCGUGUACGACUCACCGGCCGAACAUCCUCGCAUCCAUCCAAACGAGCGUAAGUACAUUGAAAGUUCGCUCGGAAUCACGGAACAGUCGGCCGAGCGUCUGGGCCAGCAGCACGCACAGCGCACCCCCUGGAGACAGAUCAUAUUCUCCAAAGCCAUGUGGAUCACGAUCAUCGCACAGUGGGGCGGUAUCUGGGGACUGUUCACGCUCAUGACGCAAGCCCCAACGUACUUCAACAACGUGCACGGUUGGAACAUCGAGAUGACGGGCUUGCUGUCGGGUAUUCCGCACCUCUGUCGUAUGCUUUUUGCGUACGUAUUCUCCAUCGUCGGAGAUCAUCUACUGAAACACGAGCUCAUGACCCGGACGGGCGUACGCAAGAUGGGCGGAAUGCUGUGCUGUUUCGUGAACGGGAUAUUCGUGUUCGCUCUCGCUUGCAGCGGAUGUAAUUCGUUAAUGGCGACCAUUUUCCUAACGCUGGCCACUACCGUCCAUGGUGCGGUCUCGACGGGACCACUCGCGAACCUGGUCGACAUGAGUCCUCGAUAUGCGGGCAUCUUGUUAGGUUUUAGCGGUAUGAUCACGGUAGUGCCAGGUUUUAUAUCUCCCAUCAUAGUCGGGAUGCUCGGAAAUCACACCGUGGAACAGUGGAGGAUAAUUUUUCUCAUCAGUUCCGGCAUGCUUACUAUCUGUGGUCUACUCUACAUGGCUUUUGCUGACUCCACUCAACAGCCGUGGAAUUCUUGCGAAGAUUUGCCUAGUGCAGCUGAUGAACUGAAAGGACUUAAGACGUCCAAUCUCGAUGGAAAUAGAAAUGAAUCCAAAGAAAAGCUCGAGAUGGACACACAAGUGGACGCAUCCGGUGUCGUACGUUUAAGCUCAGUAUAGAGUGCAGUAUUAGUGAGUUGUUUUCCUUCGAAUCGGUGCCAAAGUGUUUAAUAAAUGCAGGAAAAUCGUG